CAGUCAGUGUCCCCUUAUCAAUUCAAACCAAGUUGUUCAGUGCUCAGAACUGGGUAAAAAAAUGCUCAGAGAAGUAAAACCGAAGAAUGCGCGCACAGCGCGCAUCCUGAAGGCCAAAGAACCUCAGCUCAUUGAGCCUUCCAAGCGUACGCUACUAUUGCACGGCUCGAAAUGUCCGCAAGCAUUACACACUGUUUUGAAGACCUUCCACUCCUUGACGAGACCGAACUCGGUCUUGUUCCACAAAAAGAACGAGAACAUCCACCCGUUUGAAAGCGUUGAGAGUCUCGAAUUUUUGGCCAACAAGAACGAAUGUGGUCUUGUGGUAUUCGGUAGCAGCAAUAAGAAACGCCCCAACUGCGUUACUCUGGCACGUGUAUUCGAUUCCAAGGUCCUUGAUAUGUGUGAAUUGAUGCUUCUGCCGCACCCGGAGGCAGAGCAACACAACGAUCUUGCCAUGCAUAUUGGCGUCGGGCUACGGCCAAUGCUCCUUUUCUCAGGUAGUGCUUGGGAUGACUCGACUUCGGUGGCGCAUGUUAUGCUGAAGAGCAUGUUCUUGGAUCUGUUCAGGGGCGAGACGAGUGAUAAGAUUGACGUGGAGGGGUUGCAAUAUAUCCUAAUGAUCGGUGCCGAGGAACCCACCGAAGGGUUGGCCCCUGUUGUCCAUCUGCGGUGGUACAAGCUUCGCACGAAGCGCAGUGGGCACAAGCUUCCCCGGGUGGAGCUUGACGAGAUUGGACCUAAGUUCGACUUCAAGAUUGGACGUCUGCAGGAGGCUCCUCGGGACGCGAUGAAGGAGGCCAUGAAGCAAGGCAAGAGACCCAAUGAGGAGAUCAAGAUGAAGAAGAACAUCAGCAUGGAUUCAAUCGGUGAUAAGAUUGGCCGUGUCCACUUGGGCAAGCAGGAUCUCAGUGGGUUGCAGACUCGGAAGAUGAAGGGAUUGAAGCGCCGCGCAGGUGUGGAGUCGGAUGAUGAGGACCAGGAUAUGAUGGACGUGGACGAGAUCUCGGAGGAUGAAGGACGCAAGAGAGCUAAGAUGGCUUGAAGCUCGCGUCGAUUCACAUCGAGUUGCAAUUCGAUUUAUCAACUUACUGACUAUAUCUAUCUAAACUGCGCACGAGGCGUUUCUGGGGGUUCGGAUUUCACACUGGCCAUGAGCCAGCACCUAGCUCAUAUAUGAACCUGUUCGAUACGUGUUUGUUUCAUAGAAAUCUGCAAUUGAAAAAGUUUUACC